AUGUUAGGCAAUACAAUCUCGCUGCUGUUCAUCGUAUUAACAAUUCAAGGAAUUUUCGGAGAACAAUGUUUGACUGAUCAAUGGCCACCGAAACCUGAGCGAGCUGUACCGACUUAUGUUGUCAGUUUGGAUGAUCCACCUAUGGAACGUUGGAAUCAAGUUGCAACUGCAUUCAAAACUGAAAUCAUUGACAUACUUGCUUUCUUCAAAGCUUUUAUCGUCGAAAUUAAUCCUAAUCUAAAAUUUCUUUUGAAUCUGAUUGACGAUAAACUACCUGCUGUGGCCGAUACAUUGCCAGCACCAUAUGGAGAUGAAAUGAAAGGCAUUAGUCGAGCAACAGGAUUACCGUUAGGUGAAAUUGUUCUUUACAAUAUCUUCUACGAAGCUUCGGCACUAUGCACAUCAAUGGUAGCUCAAAAUCAAUAUGGAAAUGUUUUCCAUGUACGAAAUCUUGAUUUUGGUGUCUUUUUUGGGUGGGAUAUGCUCAAUAAUAGUUGGAUAUUAACUGAAAAGUUACGCACAUUAAUUAUUCAAAUAAAUUUUACUCGAAAUGGUGAAGUACUUUUUAAAACAACAAACUUUGCUGGAUUUAUUGGUGUACUUACUGGUCUUAAACCUAAUGUAUUUAGUGCUUCAGUAAAUAGUCGUGUUAGUUUGCAAGGAGGUUAUGAAGGUUUAAUCGAAUGGAUUUUUAAUAUAAAUCGUAAUCAAUCAUUUAUUACAUUUGUCAUUCGUGAUCUGCUAACAAAAGCUGAAAGUUUCGAUAGUGUUGUUAGCAAUUUAACUGAAACAGAACUCAUAGCUCCUUGUUAUUAUAUUGUCGGCGGACCGAAAGCUGGACAAGGUGUAGUUAUAACGCGUGACCGAACCAAAACUGUCAAUAUUACACGAUUGGGCAAAGAUAAUCUUUGGUUCGUCAUUGAGACCAAUUAUGAUAAUUGGAAAAAACAACCUAUCUUCGAUGAUCGUCUAACACCAUGUAUCAAAUGUAUGAAAAUAAAAGGGCAAGAUGAUGUGACAUUUGAGUCUCUAUUCAAUGUUUUAUCCUCACGACCGAUGCUCAAUACGUUAACUGUAUAUUCGACGUUGAUGGAAUUAUCCACUGGUCGAUACGAAACCUAUUGGCAACAUUGUCGCGAUGAAGAUGCACCGUGUUUACCUUGGUAA